GCCCUGUACACAUGGGGCAGAGCCAGCCAAGAGGCAGGGAGAGGCCAGAGCUGUCGUUUCGGGCAACCCACUUGAGGAUGGCUCCCAGUCUUCCGGAAGGUGCUCAGCUUGGGGAAAGCAAACCCUCGCCCUGCUCCUUUUCCAUUGAGAGCAUUCUAGGACUGGACCAGAAGAAAGACUGUGUUCCUUCAAUGAAACCCCACAGGCCCUGGGCCGACACCUGCGGCUCCUCAGGGAAAGAUGUUAACCUACGUGUGCAUAUCCCAAGCCUUCCCAAUGGGAUACCCUUCCCUCAUACUGUGGAUCACCCAGUGCCAGAAGAAAAAUUUUUGAAAUACGAAAAUUACUUUUCAUCCUCAGAAAGACUGUCGUUGAAAAGAGAGCUGAGUUGGUAUCGAGGCCGGAGACCCAGAACUGCUUUUACUCAAAACCAGAUUGAAGUGUUGGAAAAUGUCUUUAGAGUUAACUGCUAUCCUGGCAUUGACAUCAGAGAAGACUUAGCUCAAAAAUUGAAUCUAGAGGAAGAUAGAAUCCAGAUCUGGUUCCAAAAUCGGCGUGCAAAGCUAAAAAGGUCCCAUAGAGAAUCACAGUUCCUAAUGGCGAAAAAAAAUUUCAACACGAAUCUCCUGGAAUAGAUAGAAAACUAAACAUGUGAGUUUUCUUACAAUUGCAGAACAUGAAGAAUCAAUGGAAAUAUCAAGUGUUAAAAAUGUGAUGUUUUCUUUUCUGCAUUUAAUCUGAGUGUUGUCAUUUUUUCCCUAAAAUAUAUUGUAAAUAUUUACUGUUAUAACAUUGUACCUAUUAUACUUGGGCACUUUUAGUUACAAUAAAGCCCUUUCCUAUAUAUUUUAAUAAAAUUUUCAGAAAAAGCCAGCUAUUUUUUAAGUGAAUUUAAUCUAAUAAAUGUUAAGCAAAUUUAAUCUAAUAAAUUAGUUCGGUAAAAUCAGCAAACACAUGACUAGGUGAUUCCACAAGCUGGAUUCAAUUUACAAAAUAAUUCAAGUAAAAUAAUCUGAAGAAUGGCACAAAGAUAUGAUCUGUUUCAAUUACUUUUCUUCAAGUGCAUUUUGAAACGGGAUUAUUAGUUUCUCUUGAUUUCUGGCAUAAAGCAGCAAAAAUUUCUCACCAUCUAUCAAUACAAAUCCUUCUAGCAUGCCAGUUUCAAGUUGUUGUUUUUUUUUUUUAAGCAAAAUCAUUAUGGGGAGGUAGAGAUAGAAAGGUAUCAGUCGUCAUAUUCAUAAAUACAUUGUAAAAAGAUUCUAACUGGAA